AUAAACAAUAUAAACGAUAAACAAUAAACAAUAAACAAUAAACAAUAAACAAUAAACAACAAUGGCGGCUGCCCAGAAGUUUGUUGCAGUGUUUCUGGUGUGCAUAUUUGUCCUUGCCGUCACGGCUGACGCUGCAAGGGACCAGGAGGAAUUUAAGAAGGAGGACAAGGCAUUUAAGGAUGAGGAAAAGAUUUUUAAAGAUGAGGAUAAAGUUCUUACGGACAAGGAUAAGGCUCUUAAGGACGAGGUCGCCAAGGAAGAUGGAAAGGCUCUUAAGGCCGAGGAGAAAGACGAGGCCAAGGCUCUUAAGGUCGAGGCCAAGGCUCUUAAGGUCGAGGCCAAGGCUCUUGAGGCCGAGGCCAAGGCUCUUAAGGAAGAUGGCAAGGACGAGUCCAAGGCUCUUAAAGAUGAAACCAAGGCUCUUAAGGACGAGGACAAAGCUCUUAAGGAUGGGGCAAAAAUGUAGAAGAAUAAUAAAGCAAUCUAUUUAUUUAAGGUGAAACAUCAUAGAAUUUCUAUAUUUAAAGUCAAGAUCAUAUUUUAAGAUAGUGAUGAUUUUUCUUGUCACCCCUAUAUCAUGUAAAGAUUAUAUGUCAUUUUUUAUAGUUGAAAAUAAAGCUCAUAUUUCAUGUUCUUA